CGCUGCGGCCCUGAAGUGAAGGGGGCCGGGGGAUGGGUUGCUCCCGGACCUCGGCGUUUCGCGGGGAGCCGCGGAAACUGGCCUUAAUAUUUAAACGGCGUGGAUGAUUUAACCUGCAAACGGCAAUCUUCCUCCACCCCCUUCUUUCAUAGCUGCUUUUCUUCUGAAAUAUUGACCCUUUCCAUUCCAUUGGCACGGGUUUUUGGAGAGAAGAAUUAUUGAAGUGGGUAUUUAAAAAUAAUGGAUGUUUUCAGAUCUUCUUGACUACAGGGAAACAGCCGAACGUCCCAAGUAUUCUUGGGAAAAUGGGCAGAAGCGGAGGAAAUCUGACAGCUGGACAGACAGCUCGAGUACCUUCUCUGACUUGAAUGCAUGAGGCAGAGGAAGUUUCUGUUUUCGAAAGCAUCCAUUUUUGGUCAAAACCAAAAUGCUCACACAUCUCAGACACUUCCAGGCCGGGUAACAUUUCCUGCUUGGCUUCUGGAUGGUAAACAACAUGCAAGGCCCUGGUAGCUGCUUUCUAGUCCAUGAGAGUUCAGAAGUAAAAGAUUAAGUCUCUUCGUAAAGACUUAAAUAUUAUUUCUCCUUGGCUGUAGUUGUCCUAGAUGAUUGACAAAAGCAGGGAGAAGGCUUCCAAGCAUGUAUAGGAAGAAUGGAACAGGAUCAUCGUCUCCAAACUGAUGCUUGUAAAAGAUAAAGGUGUGUGUGGGCAGCAGUAACGUUUGAAGUAGGAAAACUAAUGGAGAGAAAUAUAACAAUCUUAGAUUUUCUGCGCAGCACCAAGCAGCAGACCUUUACAGAUGCAUCAGAGUUCAUAGCCAGGUUGCAUUUUUCAUUGAUAAAAACUAAAGAUUAUAGCUUUGUUCUCCUGGUUAUUCUACCCAGGAUUUGUUCACCUGUUACUCAGGAGAUCAGAGCCUGCAUGUACAGUUAAUAGACAGGUAAAGUUAAUAUUCAGGUAAAAUGUUUUCAGUAAUGAACUGUGAACAGAACAGUUAGGUUCCAAGGCAGAGAAGCUGAAGUGGUUGAAUUUACCUUCUUUUUAUUUUUGUUAAACCAUAGAAAGAAUUACUUAUAAAAAUGCAGAAACACUCAAAUAAAAUGAAAAAUGCUUAUGCUUUUGGCAUAAUUUAAUUGAAGCUGCUGUUCACAGUAGCUCGUAUAUUGCAUGGAGAUCAUAAGUUAGAAAAAAUAAGAGAAAGAGGAGAGACUGUUCAAACAGAAAACGCUUGAGGCUAUGCAAGCAUCAGCAACUCCCCAGUUCUGAAUUUGUCUCCCACACAUUAGGAGGAACAACUGAGUUAUGUUUUGCUGAUACAGAUUUGUAUAACUUUUUGCAGUAUGCCAGGUAUCCUUUCUCUUGGGUUUUUCUUUUUCUGUUAAAAAACUUUUAAAAGUAGCUUUAAGCUAUUUGAUUAAAAGUAUGUUUCCUUAGUAGUUAUGUUUUCUGUCUUUUGCUGUUUAUGAUGUCUGCUCUGGAAGACAAGCUUGUGGCUUGAUGGGAUUAUGGAGUUUUAUAACCUGAAAGAAAUUCAUUGUACUGAAAGUCUAGUAAAGGUCAUAGCCAACUUUUCUUCUGUUUGUGGGUUCAUAUAUAAGCUUAUACUUACGUGAGAGGGAAACUAUGAAAACCACUCAAUACCAGACUUAAGGUCAUUCCCACCUUUCUUCAUUCCGUACACUAACACACAAAGAGAGUAGGGGUUGAACAUGAUCUAUAGAAAUAUCAAUUUUAUUUUGCAGCCUGAGGCUUAAUGGAUUUGCUUUUCUACUGUUAUGUCCAAGGGCACACUGUCAGCAUAAAAUUCACAUUUCUUUCUGAUUUUUUCCUUAACUGUUCUUUGCUGCAUUUAAUUUUUAAGAUUAGACUAAUUGAAAAAAAAAACGAACAUGCCAACACCAUUACUAGAGGGAAGACAAAUUUCUCUAUUGUACUGCUGUAUACUUUGUGUAAUGUGUUUCUUUGUUUUCUCUCUGGAAGUAGAGGUGGUUCUGUGUUGUGUGAACAACUCAGGCAAACUAUGGAACUGGGAAAAUGUGGCUGGGAACCUUGCAGCUCUACCCAGGGUGGACAAUACUGGAUAUUACUACAAUCGGUCUUGAAAAGAAUUCUAGGUUUUGAGCUGAUAAUACUUUCCAGAAAGUGUCUUAAUUGAGGGAGGUUUGAUGCAUCUGUUCUUUAAUAUGAAGGUGACCCUUAAAGCCUGCUAAAAUUAAAAAAUGUAGGGGUUUUUUUGAUGUUUCUGGAUUUGCAUCAAGCUCUAAAACAAGUUUCACAACUGUUGUGAAAACUCUUAAGCAUUUGCUAGUUAUCAGCUGCUGUGUAUUGUAGAGGAAGCGUGACUAUGAAGGGUUUCUGUGUUCUCUGCUCUUGCCUGCAGAAUCUCGAACCUCUGCUUUUGCCUUGAGAGCCUUCAACGUGGAACUGGCUCAGGCAGAUUAAAGACUCCAUAACUCAGAAGACUAUUGGUUUGAUGCGAAUGCAGUUCUGGAGGGAGGCUGUGGAAGAUAUAUACUGCGAUAACCCACCACAUCAACCAGUUGCUACGGAACUGUGGAGGGCUGUCAAGAGGCAUAACUUGACUAAAAUGUGGUUCAUGAAGAUCAUUGAUGAAAGAGAGAAGAAUUUGGAUGAUAGAGCGUACCGUAACAUCCAGGAGCUUGAAACAUAUGCUGAGAACACUCAGAGUGCUCUCUUGUACCUCAUCUUGGAAACGCUGGGUGUGAGGGACAUCCAUGCCGACCAUGCAGCCAGUCACAUUGGAAAAGCCCAAGGCAUAGUUACCUGUUUAAGAGCAACGCCAUAUCAUAGUGCAAGACAAAAAGUCUUUCUUCCCAUGGACAUUUGUAUGUUGCAUGGAGUUUCACAAGAGGAUUUCAUAAGAGGCAAGCAAGAGAAAAAUGUGAGAGAUGUAAUUUAUGACAUUGCCAGCCAGGCCCAUAUUCAUCUAGAACAUGCUAGAUCUUUCCGUAAGAAAGUUCCUGUGAAGGCAUAUCCUGCUUUUUUCUGUACGGUGGGUGUGAUAUCAUGAACUCUUUAAGUGAUGGACUCAUGUCUGUGCUAACACGUUUGUGAAGAGUAGAGUAUCAAAUUAAGCAUGGUUAACUAAUGCUUCAUGUGUUUAUUUUGGGAAGAUGUAGUACCUAAUGUUUGUGAAAAUCAUGUGGGCCUGACUGUGGAACCUCAUAGUUUUGAUCAACAAUUCUAAAUCCUUCUUCUUUAACUACAUCAUUUUGCCCAAGAUGUCUGUAUAUCCGUAGGCCAUUGUUCUGAUGCAGGGGCCAAAAAUCUUGUCUAUUUUUAUAAUUUGCUGUUUGGUCUAGUAAAUCAUCAUGCUUCUCUUCACAAAGCCUGCCUUUUUUCAUAUUCUUUGAAUAUGAUGGAUAUGCUACCCCUUAAUAAAAUGGGCAAAAUGUCAAGCCUUUUUCCAGUUCCUCAUUGUUUCAUGUAUUGCUUUUUAAACAAUGCCUAAUUAUUUGUGUGCACCAUAUGGACUAAGCUUUUUUCUUCU